AAAACAAAACCACAGCCUUUUUAAUUUAACCAUGGCUGACCCAUACUCUAAUUUCUUCACAGGUCUCUUCAAAUUCAACCCUUUUCACCCUAACAACAAUUCAUCUCCUUCUUCAAACCCUUUUCAUCAUCAUCAUCAUCAUCAUCAUCAUCAAACACAACAACCUCCUUAUUAUCAUCACCAUCAUCAUCAUCUUCAUCAUGAUCGUCACCAUCAUCAACACCACCACAACUUCUUCAACAAUAUCAACCUGCAGAGCAGCCCCUACUAUUCGGCCAGUAUUCUCGGCAGCCAAACGGCACAAAUACCGCCUUCUGCUGCGGCCGUACCGGCACCCCCGUCUUCACCUCCUCUCAGAGAAGCACUGCCACUUCUGAGCUUGAUAACCAGCCCUUCAAAGCAUGAAGAAGAAGAAGAAGAAGAGGAAGACGAAUACGGUGAUCAUGAUGAAAUCAACAGUACCAAUACUACUACUACUACUAAGAACAAGAAAGAUCACCAUCAUAAUCAUGAUCUUAACAUUGAUCAAGAAGAUGAAGAUGAUGAUCAUGAUGAUAAGACCGUGACUGUUGCACUGCACAUAGGGCUGCCAAGCCCUAGCGCUGAAGAGAUGGCUUCUCUUCUCUCCGGUAAAUAUAAUUCCUCUUCUGAUCAGAUGAUCAAUGAUAAUAACAACAAUCAUCAUCAUAAUAAUAAAGAUCAUGAUCAUGAUGGAGAUCAUCACGGUGAUGAUUCUGGGUACCCUAUGACCAGGCUCAACAAAGGUCAGUAUUGGAUCCCUACCCCUUCACAGAUUCUCAUUGGUCCCACACAGUUCUCAUGCCCGGUUUGUUACAAGACCUUCAAUAGAUACAACAACAUGCAGAUGCAUAUGUGGGGGCAUGGAUCUCAGUACAGAAAAGGCCCUGAAUCGCUUCGAGGAACUCAGCCAACCGGCAUGCUUAGGCUUCCUUGCUAUUGCUGUGCACCGGGAUGCCGGAACAAUAUAGACCACCCAAGAGCAAAGCCACUAAAGGACUUCAGAACCCUUCAAACUCACUAUAAGAGGAAGCAUGGAAUCAAGCCCUUCAUGUGUAGAAAAUGCGGGAAGGCAUUCGCCGUUAGAGGCGAUUGGAGGACCCAUGAGAAGAAUUGUGGGAAACUUUGGUACUGCAUUUGUGGCUCUGAUUUCAAGCACAAGAGAUCACUCAAGGACCACAUCAAGGCCUUUGGAAAUGGACAUGCAGCUUAUGGUAUUGAUGGCUUUGAAGAAGAAGAUGAACCUGCUUCUGAAGUAGAACAAGAUAACGAAUUUAUGCAGUAACAUGCACACAUAAAAAAAGAAAAGAAAAUUAAUAGUGAUCAUUUGUCCAAUAUAUAUAUAUAUAUAUAUCUUUGUUUCUCAUCUUUAUGGGAAUAUUAAAGAUAUAUAUAGCCGUUAUUAGAGCUAUAUUUGUAAGCAUCAACUUGAAGGGAAGAGCUAUGUAUGACUCUUCUCCUCUCUUCUUCCUUUUCUUUUCUUUUCUUUUCUUUUCUUUUCAUUUCCUCCUCCUCCUCCUCCUCUUCUUCUAAUCUUUGUUCUUAGUUCUUUAAGUUUCCCCAGCUUCUUUACCGAUGUAGGAUGGAAGCAUAAUCAUG